GGCCUCGCCGCCGCCGCCGCCGCCGCCGCCCGCAGCAGCCCCGCGGCAGGGGCAGGGGCAGCGGCCGCAGCCGCAGCCGCGCCUGAACGGCAGCCCCGCGCCGCAGGAUCCGCGCCCCGAAAGGACGUGCUCCGCCGAGCUGCCAGGCGCGAUUACGUUGUUUUUUCCCCCCACCCACCCCUUGAACUUGUUGCUUGGCGCUCGGCGGUGGCGGAGGGGGGGGGGGUGGGGGUGGGGGAAAGCCUUAUUAUCGAUGUCCCUUUGGAUGCGAUCAAGCUUUCUCAGGAGCAACUACUUCCCCGCCGUUCCCGGCGGCGGGGCGCGGAGAUCUAGCGGCAGAGCCCGUAUUUCCAAAAGUCUCUAUGCAACUGAGCGCUCUCGCCAGACUUUCCCAGUGGCUGGAGCAGAACUGUCUCUAGAUUGACUCCCUCGGCUGUAGUAGUUAUUUGGGACCAUGGCAGCAGGAGUAGCAGCUUGGUUACCCUUUGCCAGGGCAGCGGCCAUAGGAUGGAUGCCAGUGGCCACAGGUCCCAUGCCAGCUGCUCCGCGGCAGGAGAGGAAGCGAAGCCAGGACUCUCUGAUUGUGCUGAAUGUGAGUGGCAUCCAGUUCCAGACGUGGCUGGACACCUUAGAGCGCUACCCCGACACUCUGUUGGGCAGUUCAGAGCGGGACUUCUUCUACCACCCUGAGACCCAGCAGUACUUUUUUGAUCGGGACCCUGAUAUUUUCCGCCACAUUCUCAACUUCUACCGUACUGGGAAGCUUCAUUAUCCCCGCCAGGAGUGCAUCUCAGCUUACGAUGAGGAGCUGGCCUUCUUUGGCAUCAUCCCGGAGAUCAUUGGUGACUGCUGUUAUGAGGAGUACAAGGAUCGCCGGCGUGAGAAUGCCGAGCGCCUGCAGGAUGAUGCUGACCAGGAUCAUGCAGCUGAGAGCUCCCUGCCCUCGAUGACAGCUCGGCAGAGGAUGUGGCGGGCCUUUGAAAACCCACACACCAGUACACUGGCUCUGGUCUUCUACUAUGUCACUGGUUUCUUCAUUGCCGUCUCUGUUAUUGCCAACGUGGUGGAGACAGUGCCCUGUGGGGUAAGCCCGGGUCGCAUCAAGGAGCUGCCCUGUGGAGAGCGCUAUGCUGUGGCUUUCUUCUGUCUGGAUACUGCCUGUGUCAUGAUCUUCACAGUUGAAUAUCUCCUACGUCUGCUGGCGGCCCCUAGUCGCUACAAAUUCGUACGCAGUGUCAUGAGUAUCAUUGAUGUGGUUGCCAUCAUGCCAUAUUACAUUGGUCUGGUGAUGACAGAUAACGAGGAUGUCAGUGGGGCUUUUGUGACACUACGAGUCUUUCGUGUCUUCAGGAUCUUUAAGUUUUCCCGCCACUCACAGGGGCUGCGCAUCCUGGGUUAUACCCUGAAAAGUUGUGCCUCGGAGUUAGGCUUCCUCCUCUUCUCACUCACUAUGGCCAUCAUCAUCUUCGCCACAGUCAUGUACUAUGCAGAGAAAGGUUCAUCAGCCAGCAAGUUCACCAGCAUCCCUGCAGCCUUCUGGUACACCAUUGUCACCAUGACAACACUGGGGUAUGGUGACAUGGUGCCGAAGACAAUAGCUGGUAAGAUUUUUGGUUCAAUAUGCUCCCUGAGUGGGGUCUUGGUCAUCGCUCUGCCGGUUCCUGUAAUUGUCUCCAACUUCAGCCGUAUCUACCACCAGAAUCAACGAGCAGACAAGCGCAGGGCACAAAAGAAAGCCAGACUUGCUCGAAUCCGUGCAGCAAAGAGCGGGAGCGCUAAUGCCUACAUGCAGAGCAAACGAAAUGGCUUACUGAGCAACCAGCUGCAGCAGUCCUCCAGUGAAGAAGAACAGGCCUUUGUUAGCAAAUCUGGCUCUUCCUUUGAAACACAGCACCACCACCUGCUUCACUGCCUGGAAAAAACUACGAAUCACGAGUUUGUGGAUGAGCAAGUCUAUGAAGAGAGCUGUAUGGAGGUUUCCACAGUCAACAGACCCCCCAGCCACAGCCCCUCCCUCUCCUCUCAACAAGGCGUUACCAGCACUUGCUGCUCACGAAGACAUAAAAAGACUUACCGCAUCCCAAACACCACCGUCACUGGCAGCCGCCCAGGCAGCGUGCAAGAGCUCAGCACCAUCCAGAUCAGAUGUGUGGAGAGGACGCCUCUGUCUAACAGCCGUUCCAGCUUAAAUGCCAAAGUGGAAGAGUGUGUUAAACUAAACUGUGAGCAGCCUUACGUCACUACAGCAAUAAUUAGCAUCCCGACACCUCCCGUCACCACACCCGAAGGAGAUGAUAGGCCAGAGUCUCCAGAGUACUCGGGAGGAAACAUUGUCAGAGUAUCUGCUUUAUAAAAUAAGGAAUUAUUUAUACAUUAGCAUAAAGACCACUUGCAAGCUGAGCUCAAGCAGUGAGAAAGGAGUGGCGAGGAGCGAUGAGCGAGCUGACAAACACAACGCCCCUUGACGUGUGCGCCAGCGGCCGCAGACGACCGAGAGGUGCGGGGGAAACAAAACACUCGGUGGGUUUCGGUGUCGUAGCGUGUGUGAACCAAAAGGAGUUUCUUACCCCUUGUCCGAACCGACGCGCGGUGGAAUCUUCUGUGACCAUCCUGACUUACUAUAUGAGCACAAUGAAAUGUCCCCAUUGAUGCUUCUUCUUAUCAUGAGAGCUCUUUUUAGAAAAAAAAAAAACAAACAAAAAACCAAAAAACCAACAAAAACGCAAAACAAAAAAAUAGAAACAAACCUGUGUUCCUGCUGAAUGCAAAACAACAAGAAACAUUUUGAUAACGUGUCUUUUUUUUUCUUUUCCUGUUAAUAAACCACAACCUUGUUGAGAAACUAUCAAAAAACGAAAGAAAAAAAAUGCUCAUAUGAAAUAUGUUUGUACUGACUGAAAGAACUACAACCAUAAUGCAUGCUGAAAUUAUUUGGAGCUGUGAUCUCAGUUUACUUUUGUUGUUUUUCAGAUUAGGCAUGAUAAAAAUAUUACUGUAGAAAGGGGCAUUUCCGUGCACUUACAACAAGCUGAUUGUUAAUGUUCCAUGGUAGUUGUACAAAUAACUUCCCUUUGAAAAAUGCAGUAUUUCUUAUUCAAACACUCAUUAGUGAACUAAAGGUGUUCAGUUAGUUCAAUAUUUACUAUUGUUUUAUCUUGCUUCCUAGGUACUGUUACAACUGCAAUAAGUCAUUGUACACCUGUUGUAUCAGGAAUCAGGAUUUCCUUUUUUUUUUUUUUUUAAGGUAUUUUACACAACUUCAUCUACACUAUAAACUUCUAACGGCAAACAUUUAAAUAAUCUUACAGCCAAACCGUGCACCACGAAUGCGCUAUUCAGUCAUUGUUCUUUUUGUCCACUGUCCUCUCUUUCUAUGACAGUUUGUCGUCCACUCCAACAGUACUGUACCAUUUGGGAUUUCAAGGCUACUGAUGAAUCAACACAGUCCUUUCUUCCGUAGGCAUCUUCUCUACUUCUGUAUUUUCAGAACAAACCUCUCGUCCCAGUGUACUCUUGCAGGAUCAAUCCUAUUUGAAUUAAAAUUACCAAAAAAAGGCGUUUUGGGGAUCAGCUAACACUUAUCUCCAAACCUUCCUCGUUGACAUUCGGCAGCAUCCAGAGUAUUGGCUACGCUGGAAGACACCACAAGAUAUUCAGCAAAAAAGAUGGCUAAAUUCUCUUUGUAAUUAUCUGUAAACUUGCAUCCUAAAAUUUGUUUGAGAAUUUUAAUUGUGUGAAGAUUUUUAGUUACCUAAGAACACUGACAGAACAAUGGAUUGGGUCCCAAAGCUAUAAAAAUGUAACUUAUUUCAAUUGGAAUUUACCCACACGGGCAGGCCUAAAAGCUAAUCUGAAGGCUCUACUAGUUAAGGCUUUCUGGCUUUACUUUUAAGAGACACUGAUGUUACCAGAAACCUUUCUGACAAAAACAUGUCAUUUUUCUUCAUGACAGUGCAUUAGGAGAUGUAUCAUAAUGCUUCCUAUAUACAUGACAUACCAUAUAUCAUAUACAUCAAGUAUACAUGGAAUAUGUGCAUAUCAAUACAUACAUAUAUACAUCAAAAACACUGGAUCAGAAAUAAUUGCAUGUCUGCAAAAUAAAAUACGCAUAUAAAUCAAAAGGCUCAGUGCAUUAGAUGCCAUUACAAUAAAUGAUUAACACAGUUAUUUAAUAGUUUGAGUAGUGUAUGUUUCAGUACAGUAUUUGCUAGCAUUCUACUGACCUGAAAAUUUACAUCAAGAGAAAAUACCCACUAAAAACUGAAACGUGCUGAUGAUACACUUUUUACUGCACACAAAUACCGGUCUUUCUCUCUACCUGUCAACAGAGAUUGAAGAGUAGACGAUGGACUAUCACGCUACAGUAUAUACACCAAAAUACAAUAUCCCAUAUUAGAAUUAAAAUGCAGCUAAAAGAAGUACAUAAUGUCAUGCAUUACCCUUUUAUCAUUUAAUUACUCGGAAGCUUGGUUAAUUUGCAAUUAACUUUCCACUUUUUCUGCAAAUCGGAAUAACGAAGUCAUCGUAAACUGAGCUUCCGCAUCUCUUCCAAACCUUACCAGAGAGCAGAAGCAGAGGCUGUCCUCUGAGCCAGAGGAGCGCUCCUUCUGAGGAACUCUGCCGAGGUCCACGGCCCAACGUAGCUCUCCUCUCUUUCACCCUGUUGGAAAACUGCAGUAGAUCUGCUGAAGCUGGUGGGUCACAUUAAGUUUUAAUGGGGUUUAAAAGAGAGGCAGAAGGGAGCCAGAGUUCUCGCUCGCAUCCUAUUUCUACCCAUGGUUACUCAUGUGAAAAAAAGGCUUGGCCCCCACCUUUUGGCAAACGGUUGUUGAUAUAAAAACUGCCUUGGUAUUAGAAUUUUCAGCACCAACAACUUCUUUAUGCCACACGGUACUUCUCGACGAGUUAUAGCAGGCAAACAGUGCAAAAAGGCAGUUACUAAGCCCACUUUGGGACAGACGACGUACAACCCGGGAAACCCACUGACUCCAUCAGGUCACGUGUCUUUUAAAAUCUCCUUCUCCUCCUUUUCAUAUGGACUAAAAAGUACGCACUACAGCAAUACACCUACAUAACAGUUAUACCCCUGAAGCAACUUGUACGUUCAUUUUUAAGAUGCAGCUUAAGGAAUAAUUUAGUAUGAUUUUGCAGAAUUCCAGUCCUGUCUCCUAUUUCCAUAUGUCACAUGCAAAAUCAUUAAUUUAUUCUGAAUUUGGUAAAUACACAUUCUUUUGGUGUUUUAGGUGAUUUAAAUGCUGUUUUGGUAGUGAAUGACUGUUGAUGACUGUGUAAAAUGCAUCUGUACUGUACAUGAAAUGUAAUUAUUUCUGUGUAUCAUACAAAGAAACCGAGGUUGUUGUUUUGGCAAUUUUGUUUGACAGUCAUAUAUCGUAUUUCAGAAGGCAGCAUAAUACAUGCGUUAUGCUGAAUAAAUAGACAUUUGAGGAAUAUUUAAAUAAAACAUCUGCAUGCUUGAAUGGGUCAA